AUGAAAUGCGAUAACCUCAAGCCUAAGCUCCAUAGAGCCCCUGCUUUGAUCCUUGUCGGCAUCAUAGGUUAUGCCCUUUAUGCCUUUUGCUAUGUCUAUGCUUAUACCCUAAUCUACCGUCAUCAUUCUCAAGGAACUGGAAUCACUCUUAUAGUCCUGCUUUCCUUUUUCCUCUUCCUCGUCAUCAUAGACUGGGCUUGUAUCUUGUUUCUGGGGCCUGGCAGAGCCACCCCUCAAAUACCUUACAACUUGUCUAACCAUUCUACAGACCCACAUCUUUUUUCUCAAGACCUACAACCACCUCCACCAGAUGUCUUCAUCUGUGACCCUGAUGGCUUCCCUCUUUGGUGCUCCCAUUGCCAAUCUAUUAAAACAGACAGAGUCCACCACUCUGCAGAACUCGGCUACUGUGUAGACAAAAUGGACCAUAUGUGCCACUGGCUUGGCACAGUCAUUGGUCGUCGAAAUAUGCGCUUUUUCAUGCUUCUACAACUCCAUUUCUUCAUGGCAAUCAUCAUUGUUCUCUCAUCAGUCCCAAUAUACAUCCGCGACCUCUUCAAAACUCAAUCCGUCGCACACCGUGUCCAAAUCUGCGUCCUCAUGGGAAUUGCCGGCUUUUGGGCUAUCCUCCUUAUCCCAUUUAUGAUUACAAAUUGUCAAUAUGUCGUUGAAAAUACAACCACUAUUGAACGUCUACGUUACUACAAACGUAACCCUCAAUACCCAAUCUUUAACAUUCGUAUGCCCCCAAGUUUCACUGUACAACAAUCCGGCAUUCAUCAUCCCAAUGGUAUCCGCAUUGUUUCACGAUUAAGACUUGGAGAUCCAAGGCCUUACGAUACCGGUUCCCGCUGGGAAAAUUGGAAAGAAACAUUUGGCCCUUCACCUAUUCGUUGGGUCUUACCUCUCCCAUACUUAAAGUUUCAAAAUCGGUCUUUGUCCUCUAACUUUGAUACACGAGAAAAGGAGAAAAAUAAUAAUAACAAUAAUAAUAAUGAUAAUAAUAAAUCAAUCUUGGGUACUUAUGGUACAACUAACAAUCAAUCAUUACCACCACAAUUACAAUCACAAUCACAAUCAUCAAAAUUUACAGUUGCACAUAACCCAAAACUUAUUGAGUUAAUGAUAGACCGAUUCCUCAAAGGUGAAGAGGGAUUCUACGCCUAUCCCUUUCUUCAAGGUUUACAAAAUGACUCGUUGGAUCAAUCACAACACCCCAACUCGAGCAUUACAUCACCAGUAACCCCUGAAAAUUCAACAACACAACCAACAACAACAACAACAACUUCAAGACGCCUGCAGGUAUCUACCACGUCAAUCCCGCAUUCAUCAACGACUGGAAGACCCCCUGAAGAUGCUGAUAGAAAUCACCAUGAAUUAGAAGAAGAAGAAGAAGAAGAAGAAGAAAAAAAAAAAACUGCUAUACAAACACCACCAACUCCAAUUUAUUCAACAUCCCCUGAUAGAAACUCACCCCUGGAGUCUUUGCAGCCCAAGGCAUCAGACCUUGUGGACUCCUCCAUACACACAGACACUGCCGCCUUAAUACGAUAA